AUGCGACAGCCAGUACCUGAUUCUCCUCCAAGCUACUAUGAGCCACAGUACUCACCAACCUCUGAGCUGGAGUCGAACUUUACAAAAGAAGAACAAGAAAAGGCCUUGAAUAAGCUGAGAAAAGUAAUGAUUAAUCCGCAUCUGAGUAAUAUAGUGAGGAGAAUGGAAAUGAAGUAUAAGACCGAUGGCAAAAACCAAUCCAGCGGAAGUGGUAAUUUUCAGGACGAUGAUGGUAAAAGGUGUGCCAUUUGCUUGGAUGAUUUUGACUCUGAACAGUAUGUGCUGCUCACUCCGUGCAAUCAUAUGUUUCAUGAGGAAUGUAUUGUGCCAUGGGUGAGGAGCCAAGGGAAGUGCCCCGUUUGUAGAUUUGUGAUUUCUGAACGAAAUGCAUCGUCCGAAAACAAUAGCAGGCGCGCAGCACUUGAAAGGGAUUUGAUGUCAAUUAUAUGGGAAUUCAGAGCUCUUUAA